AAAUUACACCUCCUGUCACAUCCUUAACACCAUUUCCCCGAAGGGAUAGACGCUCGGAGCCUAUUGCCGUGAACAUUCACGGUGGGUGUGUGCCGGCAGAACGAUGCCUUCUAGACCUUUCCAGUUAUUUUAUACUCGCCUAUGCACUAACAGCCAAGAUAUGAAAAAGCAGGACUGUCAAAGGGAGUGAUGACCAGUGGUCUGUACUCAGGCUGGAUGUUCAUGCUCAUGCCUCAGGACCUCUACCGAGAACAUUGUGCCAGCCACUGGGACCAGCUUUGCAUCCACUUAGUUCCCCUCUUUGCCUGAACUGCUAAAGCCGGCUAACCACGAAUGGCUACCCAAAGGAAACACUUGGUGAAAGACUUCAACCCUUACAUCACCUGCUAUAUCUGUAAAGGAUACCUGAUCAAGCCAACAACAGUGACAGAAUGCCUCCAUACAUUCUGUAAGACCUGUAUUGUCCAGCACUUUGAAGACAGCAAUGAUUGUCCAAGGUGUGGCAACCAAGUUCAUGAAACAAAUCCAUUAGAAAUGUUGAGGUUGGAUAAUACACUGGAGGAGAUUAUAUUUAAGCUGGUACCUGGACUACGAGAACAACUUCAGCGUGAAUUGGAAUUUUGGAAGAAAAAUAAACCUCAAGAAAAUGGACAAGAUGACAUUUCAAAGGUUGACAAAUGUAAAGCAGAUGAAGAAGGUGAUGAAAACCAAGAUGAUAAGGACUACCAUAGAAGUGACCCACAAAUUGCUAUCUGUCUAGAUUGUUUACGAAAUAAUGGGCAGUCAGGGGACAAUGUAGUAAAGGGUCUCAUGAAGAAAUUCAUUCGAUGUUCUACACGAGUUACUGUAGGAACUAUUAAAAAGUUUCUAAGUUUAAAACUAAAACUUCCAAGUUCUUAUGAGUUGGAUGUGCUGUGCAAUGGUGAAAUUAUGGGGAAGGAUCAUACUAUGGAAUUCAUCUAUAUGACAAGAUGGCGACUAAGAGGAGAAAAUUUUCGCUGUCUGAACUGCUCAGCCUCGCAAGUCUGCUCUCAGGAUGGCACUUUGUAUCAGUCGUACCCCAUGGUAUUGCAGUAUCGACCAAGAAUUGAUUUUGGGUAGGACAAGGGGCCCAGACUGCACUGAACGAACUCUGCACUGUUUGUUUACUCCUCGGCAGAUUGCACAGUGUGUGGACAGGAGAGACACAAUCUGAUUUUCAGCAUGCACAUAAGGCCAUCGUCUGUCUCUAAAUUGUCAGUUUUCUCCAUGUUGUUUCUACUAGGAGCAAUCCAAGUGCCCUUCUGCUACUGACCAUCUACAUAAGAUACUCGUUUCGUCUCACAGUGUGCAAAGCACGGCUGAAGUCACUUAGGUGUGCAGCCGUGACUCUGCUUUCUCAAUAUUUUGCUUGCCUGUUGCAAGAUUGUUCUAAUGUUAAUUACACUAGUAAAAUGGCUCAAUCCUUGUGGUGUUGCGGUUUUCACAUACUUAAUACUUUUAUUCUUGUUAAAAUAGAGUACUGUACAAGAACCUAGUAUAAUUAUAUCUUGAAAUUAUUUUGUAUAAGAGUAUAUUUAGAAAAGUGGUUUCUGAGCCACUGUUCUAUUCUUGGUAAACUUUUAUGUAAAAAAGAAUAAACAGCCAAAAAAAACCCCAAUAUGCCAGCUCAUUCUUGAGUGUGCAAGUCCUUUUGUGAAGAAUUCCAGUUAUCUUUUGACCAGAGCACAUUACAAUUGGCGAUAUCCUGAACGUCUGGGUCGUCUCCACCAUUGCACAGGAAGGUGUGUUAGCCCUUCACUUAGAAAACAUACAUGACUUGAACAACUGAAGUUCAUAAUGUUGGCAGCUGAUCACACUGACUUCUAAUAAAAUUAAUGUUUGAGUAUGUUAACGUUUGUUACUGUCUUAGGGCAAGUGGGUGUUGCUUUACAAAUCUCCAUUGUCUAGCCCAUGUUGUGUGUGCAUCAUGGCACUGUUAAUGCCAUUUUAUGAAAGCACUGUUUCUUGAACAGGCCUUAGUCAUGUGUUGUGGCAUGCAGAGGUUAUGUAUGAUGGUUUUAAGUAGAAGAUCUUAGAUAACAUUCACUCGUUCAUGGACUUCCAAAAUCCCAAGUUACUGAUCCAGAUUGUUAGUUGCAUAUCACAUAUCCAAACCAUACGCACAAAAUGAAAGAAAUGCCAAGUAGUAGAUAAAUAUUCUAACAAAUUAGUGGUUUGGGGAUAUUUUAUUUUAGAUACUUUAGUAAACAGGGAAGUGUGAUUAUUGUUUUAACUGUGAGUUAAAGGUGAGUGUAUCAGAAGUCAAAACAUUGGUGAUGUCCUUCAUGUUAACAGUUUGGUUAAGUCUUCCAUUCAUUUUGAAAUUAGCCUGUAAAUCAGGGUCCUCUGUUAGCUUAUCAUAUGAAAAACAUCUUGGGUCUUGUAAAAUAGUUGAAAAAGAAAAGUGUGGAGUACAUCUAUUGGUUGCUUUGAAACAAACAAGCUAACUUCUGAGAAGUAGGGAAAAUUAGGAAAAAUUACUUGUUUAAGAAAUCUGGUAAGAGUACCGAGUGUGUUCCACACUUGGUUUUUAGACUCUGAACACAUGUGCUCUACGUUUUCUAGUAAAAUGCUUCACAGGCUAAUGCUUCCUGAAGUCCAGAGUGCUUCAUAGAGAUAAAAAAAAAUACAGCUCUAAGAAAUAGACCAAGUACAGCUCAGUCUCGGUAUAGUUCAUCAUAUAAAUGGCUGAAAGUUUAUGGGUAGUUUUCAAGUAAAAAGUGUAUUAAAGUUUGCUGUAUUAGACGGCCACAGCAAUGCUUUAACUUACCUUAUUAGAUUGGUUGUUUCUGGAAGAACUCAUGAGUAGGAUUUACAAGGCAGUUGAUUUACUCGGAAGCUUAGAAGAAGACCAUUAUACUUGACCAAAAACUAAAUUUACUAACUACAGAAAUUAUUUUGAUGUUUUGUAAAACCUAGUUCCUAGUUAUCCCUAAGAAAAUUUUAAAGAUACUACAAUGUCAUAUUUAGGUAAGUGUAUUUUAAAUAUGAAGGUUAAUUUUAAUUAACAAGUAAAAAAUGAGUUCAGAAAGCCACACACUGAGACGUGGCUAUUUGGCUCCCCAACCAAGACUUAGGGCCAGAGGUGAAUUCUAUAUAUACAAGGUCUCCUUAAAUUUUGCUUGUUGCCUGUUCAUAUGACUGUUUUCCAAGGGAUACAUAGGAAAUGGUUAUGAAACAGAAAGAAGUUUUAUAAAAAGUCCUUUACUUAAUGUUAUGCAUUGACAUUUUCACUGCGAUGCAAUAUUCUGUGUGCCAAAACAUACCAUUAAGGAUGGCUGAUGCCCUUUGGGAACACGAGUGAUAUGUUGCCAGUGGAAGCAGGCCUUUUCAGCAGCCCCCUCUGCUAUAUCAGCCAGGUGGACCACUUUCUUGUCUGGUGUUACAUGUUCCAAAUUCCCACUGAGUUGCCCUUGUGAGGAACCCGAUGUAGGAAAUGUGAGUAGACACUGUUUGUGGCCAGCUUUACAUGAACAGGGUUGCUUAACAAAGCCCCCCUGUGUCUAAAUAAUCUUCAGGAAUAACUCUCUGAGUCCAUACUAUCAAGAACAAAUGAACGUUAUUCUUCAACCUGUUGUUCCUUAAGCAAUAAACUAAGGAACUUUACUACAGAAAAGAUUUUAUUACCUGUUUUACCUGCCUUAGAAAUCAGACAUAAAGGGACCAAGGAAUCUUGGAUAAUAAAGAAUGCCUGUGGUCUGUAAGAGUCACUUGAAAUUACAGUGAUCACAUCAGCUAAUAGAGAAAUGAAAAUGCCCUUUUCUCAAGCUUAAAAAAUAAACUAAAAGGCUCAUUGGGGAGAUUAUAUUAAGUCUGAGGUUUGAUUAACUACAAUAAUGUUCUUUGAAAACUUUUAAAUAUUCUUUACUUGCUAAGCUUCUGCCUCAUACUCAUCUGUCACAUUGUACAAACAGUGACCACUGAGGUUCAUUUGAACGAGUCCUUAAGAAAACCAGUGAGUUAUAUAAUAUUGUGAACUGUUAAGCUUUACUGACUAUUUAAAAGAAAGUGCCUCAUUGCUAAAGUGCAUUUCUGUUUUAGGUUUCCUGCAUAAGUCUCCAGUUAUCUGUACCCGUCUCAUAAGUGGAUUCAUUUCUAAAUGGGCAAUUAACAAACUACAGUAGUCUUUUAAAGGAGUUGUAAGAAUAGAGGUAUCACCAAAGACAAUAUAUUGUUAAUAACAAUGUUAGAGACAGUUUGUGCAGUUCAGAGGAUGGAAACUGUUACACUGUGAUGUGACUGUAAAUAGGUAGCAACCUUGAUUGCUUACUAAAACAUUGCCAAUGAAGUCACCACAGUGAGAUUUCUUGAUGGGGUGAGUCAGAAGUCUUUAUUGCUGCAGUCAGCAUAUUUCCCUUCAAAUAUGUUCACUUUUUCUUCCAGCACCAUCUGGUAGAUCUUAGAAAAUCCUCAAAUAUGAGAAAGAAGUAAAACAAAUAUCUUCCCCAUAAAAAGUUGGAUAAAUACAAACUUAUAAAAGAAAGUUGAGAUCUUACAUUUUAAGAAACCUUUCAUUCCAUGGAGGUGGUAUGAAGGAAGUUGUCCAUAUUAGCUCCUGGGUUCUUAGUAAAAUAGGAAGUUUCAUUGAAGAUGGGCUUCAGUAAAGGUGUGGCAGGCCUGCUUGUGUACAACACAGCACAUUCUACUGGAUUUACAGAAAUGCUUUUGCUAUUUUCAAAAGCAAAAUUCCACAAGAACCUGUGACUUUUUUUCUUUAAAAGUGACCCUUUCUCAGCAGCCACUUUAUUGUGGCCAAAUUUUGACAAAAUGGAGCUCAGAAAAAUGCCCUACUCUGCCACUCUUUCCCUGUACCACCUCUAGGGUAAAAUCUGCCAGAUGUAAACCAUCCGCAGAGCGGAUGAAAAGGCCCAUAGUCCCGUGUAGUUUACUUUACAAGCACUGUGCAACUGAGCCGGAUCCCUCAUCCAUUCCUCUGAUUGGAUGAGGAAUUCUCUAGAAAUAGAUAAUUUAUAUCAAAAUAUCGAUAUGAAUUUGCCAAAAUUUCUUUUUGGAUUAUAACCAUAAAAAUUUGAAAUGCUGUUAGCAUUGUUUUUACUAUGUAAAUCCUGAAUGUAUGUAACCAGUAAGGGACACAGCAUGUCUGCUAGGUCUGCUUCAUUGUUUUCAGUAGGUACACCCUCUGGAGAGAAAUAAGGGGCACAGCGUGUCUGCUAGGUCUGCUUCGUGAGAAACUGAACAGUGUCAGAUUCACUAAAGACUUAGAAGCUCUUGGAAUCACCACUAGUUUGGAUUUACUUGUUAGACUUGGCUCGGUGUGUUCUGAUCAAAAUCUUGAGAUUAAAAUAAAAUACAUCAGAAGUCCUUAGACAGUGGGGGAUUUCAUUGUGUUAAGCUGUAGUAUUUCUUGGGUCAUUUGAAAGUGCUUCUCUUCCUGGAAUAUGAUUUUCACAAGUAAUUUACACCAUCAUAUUUUCUAGUAGAAUUAAAAUGUUUGGGCCUUCAGAAAAUGGUAAGAAUUAAACUUUUCAAACUACUUGCUUUAAAUUCUCAUGCUGAUGUGUUUAUCCUCAGGCCACUUUCCCAUGAUGCAAGAUGGAAGCUUUACAGAAAUGUGUUUUCAUCUUAAUUGUCUUUGAAUCUAGAAUCAGAUGUAUCAUAUGUUAAAUACUAGGCCUAGUUUUCUUUGGUCUUGUAACACUUAAUAGAAAACCAACUGCAGCACAAAUGAAGAUUAACCAUUCUGGGAGCAUCUCUACACAGUCUAGUGUAUUGACAAGGGACCAGGAGUGGCUCUUUCUACACAUGUGCAUGUUUGGAGGUCACCCUGGCACUGUUGACGGCCAGUUUUCUUUUGCAGUCUUUUUCAGAAUGAGUGUGGGGCCUAAGUGUCCUUAUGAAGCUGUGGUCCAGGACAAGAGCGUCAGGGGGCGGGAGGGGUAUGUGUACCUUCACUUUGCUGUGUCUGGUAACUCAACAGCGAUCAUUUCUUAGACUAGCCCUCACAGUAAAUCUAGCACAGAAUAUAUUGUAAAGUUAUGUUGCUAAUUUUAUUUUGAAAUAGUAACUAUUUUAAGCUUUUUUGUCAAAAGUGGUAACAUCUUAAUACAAAUAAAAACCUUUUUGUGGUUGUAAGAUUUAGCUUAUGAAUCAUUCAAAUUGAAGUGAAAGAAUGACCAAGUCAUUGUUAAUGACUUAAUCUAUUAAGAAUCUAUGUAUUUUUGUAAAGGAAAAAGCACUUGUAGAUAUUUAAUCAGUACAAGGUCUAUGUUUUGCAGAAAGAAAAUGCUGCUUAGAGAUUGUCUUUAAAUAUUUUUUAUUUUUGUGCUCAUGUAUUUUCUGUUGAUCUAUGGAAUGUUCUGUAUAAAACUGUAUGACUGUACUAUUGAGCUGGAUAUGUUUCCUUUUUUAAUUCGGGGCUUAGCCAUGUAUAUUUGACCAUGUUGAAAAUAGUAUCUUUGUUAUUAAAUUUUUGAUUGCAUAUU